AUCACGUGAUGUUGAAGACGUCACGAUAUCCGCAGCCUCAGACCCGGAAGUGUUGGUUAUGCCUGCAGAUGGGUGAUCCUGACCCUGGCUCUUGAUGGCUGUGGAAACGGGCAAGACAUGCAUUGGCCUCUAUUGCGGAAAAUCCAUCCUUUUCUCCAAUGGUUCCAAUGAAACGUAUGGAGAGUGCGGGGCUUGCCCACGAGGACAGAGGUCUGAUCCCAGCAGCAUUUGCCGACAAUGUACUGGAUCUCCGGAGCUUUAUGACUGGCUGUAUCUGGGCUUCAUGGCAAUGCUACCAUUAAUAUUACACUGGUUUUUUAUUGAGUGGUACUCUGGAAAAAAGAGUUCCAGUGCAUUUUUCCAACACAUCACAGCCUUGUUUGAAUGCACAGUAGCUGCGCUAAUCGCAUUACUGGUCAGUGAACCGGUUGGAUACUUGCACAUUCGCUCCUGUGGGGUGGAGAAGCUUUCUGAUUGGUACACAAUGUUGUAUAAUCCCAGUCCAGACUACGUCAACACUGUGCACUGUACACAAGAAGCCGUUUACCCUCUGUACACAAUUGUUUUUAUUUAUUAUGCGUUCUGCUUGGUGUUAAUGAUGCUGCUGCGACCUCUGCUAAUAAAGAAGAUCGCCUGUGGGCUGGGGAAGUCGGAUCGGUUUAAAAGUAUCUACGCAGCGCUGUAUUUUUUCCCAAUCCUUACAUUGAUCCAGGCAGUAGGAGGUGGAUUACUAUAUUAUGCCUUUCCAUACAUUAUUCUGGUAUUAUCUUUAAUAACCCUGGCGGUAUACAUGUCUGCUUCAGAGAUAGAGUCUUUUAAGCAUCUUCUGAUAAAGAAGAAAAGAUUGAUUGUCCUCUUCAGCCAUUGGCUAGUGCAUGCAUAUGGGAUCAUCUCCAUUUCCAGAAUGGAUAAGUUGGAAUGGGACUUGCCUCUUCUCGCACUGGUUCCAGGGCCUACCCUCUUCUACCUGCUGACCGCCAAAUUUACAGACCCAGCACGGAUACGUCUGGAAGAAGGAAGUGCUCAUUAAUGGACAAAACGGCCCAGGAAGCUAUGAAAAAAAUGACUAAAAUAUGUCAGCAUGUCUGGACAUAUUUGAAGUGCACUUGUUGUCUACUGGACACAGCCAUUUUUUAUGCUGGACCAAUACACAUUAGAACACAGGAAUGCCCCAUCACCUGCAGGGGGUGGGCUGAGCAAAAAAUAAUGGGAAUGCAGCUAAUCGAUUGACUCGUAUCUUGUGACCUGUCGGACAUAAUCCACUGUGCUGCCUCACAUCACAUUUGUAUGAACACAGAUUUCCCAUUGUUGGUUCCACUAUGCAUGGAUGGCCAGUAUAUCUCAACCUCCUGUUGGGAAAACCUUAUUCCUGUAGAUUCACAAGCUUUUAGAAAUGCCAAAAUGAAAAGUGUAAAUACGCA